AUGGUCCACGAUGCCCAGACCUGGAAUUCGGGGUGCAAUCUGGAUAUCUCAAGAACAACAACAAGCCUCACAAGCACAAUAACAAUCAUCAAGCGCACUACCACCACCAAUAAGAAAAAGUUGAACAAAAUGCGUUCGUUUAUCUGGCUGAGUGCACUUAUCGGGCUUGCCAUCGCGGCACCCGGAGCGUCUAUUCCGGAGGAGAACGACAAGCGGGAAUGGCUUGACGGCUACGGUCGUGGCGGCGGCGGCGGCGGCGAUGGAUAUGGUGGAGGCGAUGGCUACGGCAGAGCUAAGCGAGAAUGGCUCGACGGCUACGGUCGUGGCGGUGGCGGCGGCAGCGAUGGAUAUGGUCGUGGUGGUGGCUAUUGGAAGGCGUAG